UUGAAUUAUAUCACUAAUCACUUCAAUAGAAAUUAGAUGCCACUUUUUCAUUGGAAGCUGAUGGUGUUUUAUUGGAUCAGAUACAUUCUUGUCCUCUUAAAAGGACAACAUUAAUUUUAAACUGACAAGUACAGCCUACAUUGUAGUCCUCUUAAAGGACAAAAUACUAGUACAUCCUACUGUAAGGAUGUAAAUAUCACCACUAGCGCCACUGACCAAUUUCACCUCUCAAAUGAUGAGUGCGAGAAGCCACAGAUCCUGCACCAAGCGAUGUUGUAGCUGUGCACAAGUGAAAGACGUGCAUGGACGAUUGUCCAGAGUGACAGUAGAUAAGACAGCAUGGCUCAAACAUGAGGGUGAAAGGUCAGAUGGGGACUGGCAGCGGGACAAGAGUCCAGAAUUGGUCAAAGGUCCAUGGACCCUGGAGGAGGAUGAGAGGGUGGUGGAGUUGGUGCGCAAGUUUGGCAUGAAGCACUGGUCGCUCAUUGCCAAGCACAUGCGCAGCAGGAACGGGAAGCAGUGUCGGGAACGCUGGCUCAACCAUCUCAACCCAAUGGUGAACAAGAGCAGGUGGACCCCUGAGGAGGACCGCAUAAUCUGCCAGGCCCAAAGGCUGCUGGGAAAUCGCUGGGCCAACAUCUCCAAAUUGCUGCCCGGCAGGCCCGACAACGCCAUCAAAAACCGUUGGAACUCCACCCUGAAGAGGAAGAUGCAGAAAGAGAGCGGGCGACUCUGUCUGCGUCACCCUGACUCCAGCAACCUCCUCGACAUGACCUCCAGCUCUUCCUCAAGCUCCUCCUCCAGUGGCCCUGCCUCCAGCACAGCUACCGCCACCACCACAAAGGAUCAGCUGAUGAGCAGUGAGCUUCUCACGAUGUUGACUGACUGGAGCCCCGCCCACAGCGGCGAGCACAAGGAGAGAGCCGCCAUGCUGUCACGCUCAGAGCAUCAUCUUGUCAAGGAUCAGCUGAUGAGCAGUGAGGUGUUCACCAUGUUGACUGACUGCAGCCCUGCCCACAGCGGCGAGCACAAGGACAGAGGCGCCAUGCUGUCACGGUCAGAGUUCUUCAGUCGAGGGGGCGUGGAGGACAAGAGGAUGGGGCCUGUCAGCUCCACCCCCACUGAGGAGUUGACCUCUCGUGAUGUGUUCAGGACCACGGAGAUGAGAUUGUUGUUGACGUCAGCUCCCAAGAUGGCGCCGAAGACAGACAGCGGUCAUCAGGACGAGGUGCAUGGGGACAGUCCGCUGAGCGGUGUGCAGCCGGUUCAUCGGUGUCUCGGUUGGGUUCUAGACGACGGCGAGCCAGGCUGCUUCCCAAUGGUGGGACAAGAAGUUUGGUGGUGCCUUCAGCCCCUCGACAAUGCUGAAGAAAACCUUCAAAACAUAAGCAACCCUUUUGAGAAAAACACAGUGGGAGGAGCCAGCGAGUCGUCGUGAAGUUUUCCUCCUUUUAUUUCUUGAAUUUGUCAGCUGGAGCUCAGUUUUAGCAAGUCAAGACUUGAAUUUUUACAUUUUUGCAAACUGAAAAGGUUUUAUAGAUUUCUUUUAUUGAUUUCUUUAGCAGGAAUGUCUUCACUUUAAACUGUUAAACAUUUAUUGAUUGCAAGUAGUCAACAUUUAUUGAUUGGUAGUAGUAAGUAGUAAUUUCUUGAUUGGAAGUGAUCAUCUUAACUUGUAUACUUUUAACUUGGAGGUGAAUAUUUUAAUUUACUCCAAAGAAAUAUCUUUUAAUGAUAAUCUGGAGGAAAAUUACAAUUCUGGAAUAUAAGUCAGCAUAUCAUUUAAUAACAUGAACUACAUUGUAAACUGAGGGCUAUCUUUGAUCAUUUUAAACGUAUUUCUUGGUGUCUGUUUUAAAGUGCACAUAAAACAUUUGAUGCUGUUUGUUAUGUAUGAAUAUUUGCUAAUUAAAGAACAUUUGUAUUUGU